AUAUGAUUGCAUUUCAUGACCGGGUAUCCGUUCGGCGCAGGCCGCUGAACUGAAAUUCAGUUUUGACAGCUCCACUGACUUCAAGCUCUUUUUCACCGAAACACAUCUCGGAAGAGACACGUUGGGAAAGAACUGAUCCAAGAUGCAGAUCUUCGUCAAGACCCUUACGGGCAAGACCAUCACCCUUGAGGUCGAGCCUUCGGACACGAUCGAAAAUGUGAAGGCUAAGAUCCAGGACAAGGAAGGAAUUCCCCCAGAUCAGCAGCGUUUGAUCUUCGCCGGAAAGCAGCUGGAAGAUGGCCGCACCCUGUCCGACUACAACAUCCAGAAGGAAUCCACUCUCCAUCUGGUGCUGCGUCUUCGUGGUGGUAUUAUUGAGCCAUCUCUGCGUAUUUUGGCCCAGAAGUACAACUGCGACAAAAUGAUCUGCCGCAAGUGCUAUGCCCGCCUUCACCCAAGGGCCACCAAUUGCCGCAAGAAGAAGUGUGGCCACACCAACAAUCUGCGCCCGAAGAAGAAGCUGAAGUAAGCCAUUCUUGGGAGGUGUUUCACUUCAAUUUCCCCCCGUUCCAAGACCUGGGAUUCCGUGUUUAAAAUGUAAGCUGGAUUUGUGAACAAGUGAAUUGAAGUUGUCACAAUGCAUUACUAUAAAAUAAAACAAACAAAAAAAUGUUAAAAACUCGGA